UCAGCGCUGGCAGCGCGAUGCGGCGGGCGGGCAGGCGCAGCAGGCAGGCCCAGGAGGACGGCCCUAUGGAGAACGGCGCGGGGCAGGAGCCGGGGGUCCCCGAGCCGCCCCCCGCAGAGGGCACCCCGGCCCCACGGCCGCCCCGCGCCCGCCCCCGCCUGGUGUUCCGCACUCAGUUGGCCCACGGCAGCCCCACGGGGCGCAUCGAGGGCUUCACCAACGUCAAGGAGCUCUACGGGAAGAUCGCCGAGGUGUUCAGCAUCUCCCCCACCGAGAUCCUCUUUUGCACGCUCAACACGCACAAAGUGGACAUGCAGAAGCUGCUGGGGGGGCAGAUCGGGCUGGAGGACUUCAUCUUCGCCCACGUCCGCGGCGAGACGAAGGAGGUGGAGGUGACCAAGACCGAGGACGCGUUGGGGCUCACCAUCACGGACAACGGCGCUGGCUACGCCUUCAUCAAGCGAAUCAAGGAGGGGAGCAUCAUCAACCGCAUCCAGACCGUGUGCGUGGGCGACAGCAUCGAGGCCAUCAACGACCACACCAUCGUGGGCUGCCGGCACUACGAGGUGGCCCGCAUGCUGCGCGAGCUGCCCCGCGCUCAGCCCUUCACCCUGCGCCUGGUGCAGCCCAAAAAGGCCUUCGAUAUGAUCGGGCAGAGGACGCGGAGCAGCAGCAAGUGCCCGCCCGAGGGCCGAGCGUCCAGUGGGAAGGAAACGCUGCGACUGCGUGCACAGGGCCCAGCCACGCUGCAGGAGGAGCCCAGCGCCGUGGAGGAAGAAGCCGCGCGCCGCGUGGACGACCUGCUGGAGAGCUACAUGGGCAUCCGCGACUGCGAGCUGGCUGCGACCAUGGUGGAGAUGGCGAAGUGCAGCCCCACGGCCGCCGCGCUCGCCUGCGCUCUCGACUCAGUGCUGGGAGAGUUCGCCUUCCCCCAGGAGUUCGUGGCUGAGGUGUGGGCGGCCGUCUGUAGCCCCCGGGGUGGGCAGGAGUAG